UUGUGGUUUCUUAGCGAGUACAGAAGCUUUACUUUACCAUGAUUAAAAAUUGUCCUUUUCUUCUCUGUUGUAUAGAAUAAUGUUUUACAGGAAAAAAUAUGUGCUAUGGAGGGGUUGCCACAAAAGUAUAAUUUUUCACACUGCUGCAGUGAGGUUGAUGAUGAAAGAAGACUCUGUUUCUUCUAUAACAAGAAAGCUGAUGUGGGAUUUCUGCCUCCUUUCCCUACCCUGGAUCCUGAAGAGAAAUGCCAGUCUUAUAAAAGUAACAGAGAAUCUCUUCUAAAUAAUUUUUUAUAUGAAGUUGCCAGAAGGAACCCAUUUGUCUUCGCUCCUACACUUCUAAUUGUUGCUGCUCAUUUUGAGGAGGUGGCUAAAUCAUGUUGUGAAGAACAAAACAAAGUCAACUGCUUUCAAACAAGGGCAAUACCUGUCAUACAAUAUUUAAAAGCAUUUUCUUCUUAUCAAAAACAUGUCUGUGGGGCACUUUUGAAAUUUGGAACCAAAGUUGUACACUUUAUAUAUAUUGUGGUACUCAGUCAAAAAUUCCCCAAGAUUGAAUUUAAGGAGCUUAUUUCUCUCAUAGAAGAUAUUUCUUCCAACUAUGAUGGAUGCUGUGAAGGGGAUGUUGUGCAGUGCAUCCGUGAUACGAGCAAGGUUAUGAACCAUAUUUGUUCAAAACAAGAUUCUAUCUCCAGCAAAAUCAAAGAGUGCUGUGAAAAGAAAAUACCAGAGCGUGGCCAGUGCAUAAUUAACUCAAAUAAAGAUGAUAGACCAAAGGAUUUAUCUCUAAGAGAAGCAAAAUUUACUGACAGUGAAAAUGUGUGUCAAGAACGAGAUGCUGACCCAGACACCUUCUUUGCGAAGUUUACUUUUGAAUACUCAAGGAGACAUCCAGACCUGUCUAUACCAGGACUUUUAAGAAUUGUUCAAAUAUACAAAGAUCUUCUGAGAAAUUGCUGCAACACAGAAAACCCUCCAGGUUGUUACCGUUAUGCGGAAGACAAAUUCAAUGAGACAACUGAGAAAAGCCUUAAGAUGAUACAACAAGAAUGUAAACAUUUCCAGAAUUUGGGGAAGGAUGGUUUGACAUACCAGUACCUUAUCAGACUCACGAAGAUAGCUCCCCAGCUCUCCUCUGAAGAACUGGUCUCUCUUGGCGAGAAAAUGGUGACAGCUUUCACUACUUGCUGCACACUGAGUGAAGAGUUUGCCUGUGUUGAUAAUUUGGUAGAUUUAGUUCUUGGAGAGUUAUGUGGAGUAAAUGAAAAUCGAACUAUCAACCCUGCUGUGGACCAUUGUUGUAAAACAAACUUUGCCUUCAGAAGGCCCUGCUUUGAGAGUUUGAAAGCUGAUAAAACAUAUGUGCCUCCACCUUUCUCUCAAGAUUUAUUUACCUUUCAUGCAGACAUGUGUCAAUCUCAGAAUGAGGAGCUUCAGAGGAAGACAGACAGGUUUCUUGUCAACGUAGUGAAGCUGAAGCAUGAACUCACAGAUGAGGAGCUGCAGUCUUUGCUUACAAAUUUGACAAAUGCAGUGGAGAAGUGCUGCAAAGCAGAGAGUCCUGAAGUCUGCUUUAAUGAAGAGAGUCCAAAAAUUGGCAACUGAAGUCAGCUGCUGGAGAUAUGUAAAGUAAAAAGCACCAAAGGGAUAACCAAUUUACAGGCUUCCUAUGUGUGUGGUGAUGAAUCUCAUUUCCUGAGAACAGAGUAAAAGGAUUUUUCUGCAACUGUCUCCUGAAAUCGUAUAUUGCAGCAAGCAAUAAACACAAAAUUUUGUAAAGUUA